AUGCGUGUCGGCAAAAAUGCCUUUGCGGGGAAGAUGGUCCUUGGCUUUGAGUUUAACGGCUUGGUACGGAGUCCUUCUGAAGUCCAGCUUUCCCUACGGAGACGAGGCAUGUUCCACGCCCUAAUUCGAACUCACCACAUAACAUCGCGCAAAAAAGCUGCCGCUCUCAAAACUGCGGCAAAGACUCUCCAAUGCUUCGCUCUUCUACGGUCAGGAGGUGUGCCUGGGGUGAUGUAUGUACAGGGCCAUGAGCGAGCCGCCGUGCAAAAAUGGGUCGACACUGUCCAUGACUUACGAUACAAGGAUUACCAAUUAGUGGCACCGGUGAAGGCAUUGGCCAAGUGUCAGGACAAGCCGCAGAACAACGAUGACAGCCCCGCGGGCACCUUGGUCGAAGUUGACUCCGUCAAGGAAAUGGCAUCACAGAUGGAAAUACGAGGGUUGCUGAGAUGGUGGCGUGUUGCAAUGGGUUUUGCCCAUGAAUGA